AUGUCUUCUGGUCAUCAAGACAAAACUUGCAAACUGUAUAUCGGUGGUUUAGUAGAAAAUGUGCUGAAAGAUGACUUAGUGCGUGAACUGUCUAAGUGUGGAGAGUUGGUUGAUGUCUGGGUAGCCAGAAACCCACCGGGUUUUGCCUUUGCUGAAUAUGUAAAGUCGUCUGAUGCUGAGAAAGCAGUUAGAUCUCUUGAUGGUGUCAAUGUAUGCGGCUCCAGAAUCCGAGUAGAAUUUGCUCACGGUGGUCGUCCGAAAUUUGCUGGUGGACCAGGUUUCCGCGGUGGUCGGCCAGGUGGAAGAGGUUCUAUGAGACGUCGUAGUCCUCCUCGCCGUAGUGGUAGAGAUUCUUAUGACGGUCAUCGGUAUUCCAACUAUGAUCAGUUCCCUCCAUUCCACCCGUCAGAUGUUGCCAAUGCUGCAGCUGCUGCCGCCGCUGGAUUUCCGUAUGGUGGAUAUCAGUCUGUUUUACCGUUUCUGCAAUCUGAAGAAUUCAUAAGAAGCCUACAAAGUCAAUCACGCCGUCGGUCACCUCCGAGCAGAGCACCGUUCGCAAUGAGUCAUAGAGGACGUUCUCCUAUAUCACGACGAAGGAGUCGAAGCCCAAUAGGCAUACCAGGAGGUAGACCACGUGGUCGAAGCCCUCCAGCAUCCUAUGAUGGCAGAAGUGUAAGUCGUCAUCUUAAUAUGCGUGGCCGUGGAGGAUAUGGAGACUUUUCACGUCCUCGAAUACCCCGAGAACCACGAGGAACUUAUUCACCUCCUUUCAUGGGUGAAAUGAAUGGCAGACGCGAUGAAUCGCGAACAAGAACGGACCGGAGUACCCGUCAUCGACGUUAA